AUGCUCAGGUCUGUUGUGUGUGUGCCCUAUUUCGCUCCGCGAGUCUACUCCAGAGAAGCAUCGGGCAUAGCGCUUGUAAGUGUGGAGAAACGCUGUAAUGUGUCGGCCGUCAUCGAGCCCCACUCGUCUUCGUCGCCAGUAGAGAAUCUGAUCAUGCUCACCAAGUGCUCACUGAGGCUGAGGAUCACCAACGAAGGAGUGUCAGCAACACUUCUCGAAGCUCUUUUUCUCUCUAAGCAGCUCGAGGAUUUUCCGGUGAUAUGA